UCUCAGGGCUGGAGGCACAGACUAGGGAGGCAGCUGAAAUGUGGCCCAACAGGUCUGAUGGGAAUGCAGAGACAGUGUGAGAGAGAGAGAAAGAGAGAGAGACAGAGAGAGGGAGGCUGCUGAGUGACUGACAACUGUGUCAACCAAGUGGAGUUAGGAACAGUCUGUCUGUAACUAAGAAACUAACAUAGUUGUGUUGCUGAGUGUAGGACUGGAUUGCACCUGAUCAUUUCACUGACAGAGAGGGAACCUCAAGGCCCAGUGGACUCCAAACCACCACCACCACCAGACUUGACAGAGUGGAAUUUCCCUCCUCUUCCCUGGCUGGAACCGGGGGCAGAUGGUUGCUUUGAGAGUUUGAGCAGAACUCAGGAAGGAGCAGUGAGAGGAAGGGUGGGAGGAAGUCUGGGGAGGGAGCGGAAUAGAAGCGAGGAGUGGACAGAAGAGGAGAGAUGCUUCGCUACGGUUCAGGACGAACUGUUUCCACAACCACCACCACAACACAGGACUCUCCAGACUCUGAGAGGAGGAUCAGACGUCUCAGGUUAACUCUACACGCAGGAGAUAAUGGAAACAAGGAGCCAGAACCUGCAAACUCGGACACAGCUGAGAAAAAGAAGGAUGUCAAUGAACCACGGAAGAAGAAGAAUGGGCUGAUCCAAAGAGAGAGGCCAGUUGGCAGGGAGUCACCUCAGCAGCAACUCGGAGACAUGACCAAUGGGGCGCCAGAGACAUCGCUGCAGAAUCAUGGGCCCACAGUGUAUGGUGUAGUGCAGAGGACGGGUUCAGACAGACAGCAGGUGGUGAUGGCGCGUGAGUGGACGGCCAAUCACCUCCAGGAUGAGAUGAAGUACAUCAGGGAGGUGAGAGAUUCUUUGGAGAAGGUGAGAGAGCGGAUGUAUGGGCAGUUUGGAGGAAUGCAGCAAUCCAUGGAGAAGCUUUCACAAGAAAUCAGGGCUGCCAAUUCACAUCGGAGGAGUCUGGAGUCAGAGGUGAAGAUCCGGACGACAGCCAUGGAGAGCUUUGAUCAGAUGAACAGCUCUCUUACAUCUGCUAACAUCAGCCUGCAGUUUCCUUUGCAGAAAUCCCUUCUGGAGAACUGUCAGAGAAAAAUGGACACGAGAGACGAGGUGAAGAGUUUGCGGAGCACCUGUGAGAAAACACAAGAAAAACUCAGAGACAAGGAGAGGGAGCUGACUGCUGUGCAGGUUGAAAACCAGACUUUGAGACUACAGGUAGAGUCUGCACGGGAGGCCAACAAUCAGGCGCUGCACGAGCUCUCAGCAAAGCUUAAGCUGGAGUACGAGGAGAAACUGCAGGAGGAACAACAAAAACACAGGGAGGAGAUUGAAAAGCUACAGGCCCAACUUGAUGAAUACAUCAGGCGACUGGAGGAAGCAGAGACAAACAUCCGGAUUGCAGAGGCCAAGAUUGCUGAAAGGGACCAGAGGAUCAUCGAAGUGGAGCGUCUCCUGGACUGUAUGGGAAAGGAAAAGAGUCAACUCCACAAGAAGCUGCAGGACUGUGAACAGCGUCUCCGCUUGAUGGAGCUGACAGACAAAACUGAUGCACCUGUAGCCAAAAGGUCCAAAGAGCUGCAAUCUGAAUCUGUGGAUCUCCGUGAAAGAAUCAAACACUUGAACGACAUGGUGUUCUGCCAGCAGAGGAAAGUCAAAGGAAUGAUCGAGGAGGUUGAAACGUUGCGGGCCCAAGUUGCUCAGAAGGAUAUGUUCAUCUCAGAGCUUCUGGACAGAAUUGCUAUAGUGGAGUGUGAGAAUAAUGAAUUAGAAGACAAGCUGAAGUAUUUUAUGUCCAUACAGAAUACACAGCGAGAGGUUUUGGAAACCAGGGAGAUAGGAGUAGGCUGUGAUCUGCUCCCCAGACGUGAAGCAAAAAGGCAUGAUGCUGGACCUCUUGUUCAGUAUGAAACAACUAAUCUCAAUCCCAUACAACAACCACUACCUGUUCAACCUCCAACACCAGUGAAACCUCCAUCACUCACUCUACCUCCAUCACUUAUACAACCUCUAGCCCCAACACAACCUUCAUCCCCCACACAACCUUCAUCCCCCAAACAACCUUCAUCCCCCACACAACCUUCAUCCCCCAAACAACCUUCAUCCACACAACCUUCUUCCUCCACACAACCUUCAUCCCCCACACAACCUUCAUCUCAUACAUUUCCCACUCAACAUUCAUUCAACUACCUAACAACACCCACCCAACCAAGGACGUUCAGGUCUAACAACCCUCCACCCAGCAGGCUGGAGUCCAGUUUACUGAGGUACACUCCUGUCCAGUACAGCCGCUUCCUGCUGUCCAACCCCAAGCCGAGUGGGACGUUCCCCUCAACCCGCACGUCUGAAUCUGAGUCUCUUGUGAGUUCAGUCCAGUCCGGGAGAGAUGAGGUGGACGCAGAAAUGAACAAAGACACACAAUCGAGUCCCGAGGAAUCCACUUCUUUUCAGUUCUCUUCACAACCAAGAUCGAGAGCACCUCAAGUUUAUUCACCGUACAUGAAACUUAUGGAAAUAACAGCAAAUAUAAACAUAGAGUGAGCUUGAAGCAGUUGUUUGAUAUUAUGGGAAAUACAUGUAAUUGCUUUCAUGCCAACGGAAGAAGAUUAAUACCCCUCUACUUUUUGAAUGUAACUAUGAAUCCUAGCUCGCAGCCGAUAAGCUUAGCUUAACAUAAAUACUUAAAAAAGGGGGAAAGAGGUAGCAAGCGUGCAGGCUUUGUCCAAAAGUUAGAAACUCUGCCUGUCAGGCUGUCACUUUUUUAUAUUCGGAAUUGCGUUGAAAUGUGUGAGAAAAAAAAAUGUAAACCUGUACAAAUUGAAAAUGUACAGUCUGACAAACCGUUUUCAGAUGAUGCUCCUAAAAUAUAUCAAAUAUAUAACUGAAAGAGCACUCAAAGAGCACAGACCUCUGCCAUGUCCUAUCCUGCAAUUGUAACAAAAGUGAAAGAUAAUUUGUGUCUCUGCUCCUUGAUUCAGAUCCGCUUCAAAAUAUAAUUGGUUUUUCAUUGGCCGAUGCUACACCCUUCCACCAAUUUAAAUGACAUUCUGGCCAGUGUAGUUUUUUGUAAAUCCUGCUGACAAACCAGCAAACAAACAAGCAAACAAACAAACCAAUCCUAAAACAUAACCUCCUUGGCGGAAGUAAUAGCUAGCAAAUUAUAAUGUAAGCUUUGGUGCUGGAAGGCAAAUUUUGCAGACCGCCCAGAAAACUACCAUUUAGGUUGUGCAAAUUGCUCGUGACCACCCAUAAUCAUGUUUCAUAUUUGGAGUUAACCCCGGUACAGCUAAUCGAUGACAUGUAGUUACAUGCUGCUGCUGUUAAAGCUAAGAUAAGUGCAGGUACAUAUUUACUGUACAGUAGUUGGUAUUGAUCCUCUCUUCUAACUCUUGGUAAUAAAUCGAAUAAGCGCCAUUUCCUAAAAUGUUGAAGUCCUAUUAAAUCCAGUGGUCUUAUUUUCACUGCUGGUUAUCUUUUAUAAAAAUAACGUCACACAUAUGCAAAUUAGUUCUUUCUCUGUCACACACGAUGGAGAACAUGGUUCUAGUUGAUGAUGUAAAAAGUCUUAUGUAGGUUUUCAGGCUAUGUUUUCGUGUUUAUCGAUAAUAAAUUGUUUUUUGCCGUAGGGUGUAAAUAAUCUUGGCUCUCUAAAAAAUAUUUUGUUAGUAAUGUACUGAAGGAUUGUGUUGUUUACACUGAAUAUAGCCUACUUAUGUUGCUCAUGGAGCUAUGAGUAUUCUGGCCAAUGUGAAGGUUGAGACGGUUAUUGUGUUAGUAUAACAUUUUACAUUGGCUCUGUACAAAUUAAAUGAAUAUUAUUUUGUUAUUGUCACAUUAUGUACAAAUUAUUUAUUUACAUGCUUUGUGCCUUUGUGAACUGCCUACUGUCUGAUACUGGUGGUAGGGACAAAUCUCUUUAAAUUGGCAACAGGGCAAUAUUGUAAUAUAUUUUAAAGUAAAUCUCUGUGUUAAUGAUGAGACACUUUAGACCUUAUUGAGGUGACUGCCAUUCUUGAGCCACAGGCACAAGUGUUAUCCAGCUUUUGUCUGCACUGCCACAACUGUAUUUAUGCAAUCUUUAUGAUGUGCCUUUUCCUUAAAGAUACAUAUCAUACUGCAACCGAUGAUAAGAGGUUAGGGUAUGUUUGGAUAAUAAAGACUUUUCUGUGUAA